AUGUUUAACUUACAAACAGGACCGAAAGAAGUAUUUCCAUAUAACUACUACAGCAGUGUUUUGUUAGCAAAUGACAACAGAACUGGUGUCAUUUCUGAAGCAUGUAAGUUUAUCCGGGAUGCAGAUACAUUCAUGAAAAACAUAGAUUCCAUCAAAGGUUGCAGAAUAGAUGAGAACCACUUCGACUUAGAAAAGUAUAGCACAUUUUAUUGCAAACAAGAUGUAAGAAUUUUAAGAGAAGGUUUUGUUAAGUUCCGCAAUGACAUAUUGAAAGAAUUUGAUUUAAACGUUUAUGACUACGUUAGUAUUUGUUCUAUUGCUAACAAAUUAUUUGAGAACAGAGUGUACUUCCCGAAUGGAAAUUUAUAUGACCUCUCAAAUAAACCAAGAGAAUUUAUUUCGAGAUGCAUUCAAGGUGGAAGAUGUAUGUUGUCAGAUAACAUUAAACAAAAGAGUAAAGAGAAACUCAUUGCUGAUUUCGACGCUGUUUCAUUAUAUCCAUCAGCUAUAGCAAGACUUUAUACUUUAGAAGGUAUUCCAAAGGUUAUGAAGAAAGAAAUGUUAAGCACAGAGUAUCUCAUGAGACAUUUAUUCGAUGACGACCAAAAGGAACCCAUUGGUGAAAAGUUUAUGUCUGGCUUCUUUGUUCUCAUUAAGAUAACAGAGAUUGGAAUACAUAGACACUUUCCUUUAAUAGUUUGUGACCCUGAACUAAAUCCAGAACUUAACGUUCCCAGAAGUUCAAACACUUGCUGUUUAAUGUAUGUUGACCAUAUAACAUUACAAGACCUCAUAAAAUAUCAAGGUGUCAAAUGUGAAGUGUUGCAAGGAUACUAUUACGAUGGAAACAGAGAUAUUAGAAUAAGAGAUGAAGUAAAGAAGUUGUUUGAGUUAAGGUUAAAGUAUAAGAAAGAAGGAAAUCCUUUGCAAGAAAAUAUAAAGCUCAUUCUGAACAGUAUUUAUGGCAAAACUAUUCUAUCUCCUAUUGAGUCAAAAAUAACCAUAGUAAAUGACAAAGAUGCUAUAAGAUAUGCCAUCAGAAACUACAACCAUAUAGUGAAGUUCGAAGGUUUGGAUGGUUCAGAUAAAACUAUUUUCAAGCUAACGAAAAGCAUUUGCAGACACUUUAACUUCUGUCCACUUGGUGUUAACAUUCUGUCUAUGUCGAAGAGAAUAAUGUGUGAAGUAUUCUGUACUGCUGAGGACUUAGGAAUGGACAUCUUUUAUAGCGAUACGGACAGUAUGCAUCUCUACAAUGAAGAUAUCCCUCGUUUAGCUGAAGAGUUUGAGAAACGUUAUGGAAGAGUUCUCAUUGGUAAAAACCUUGGUCAAUUUCAUAGCGACUUUGCAGAAAUCACACCUGGAAAACAAAGUUUAGCAUACAA